GAGGAGUACUCAGGGGUACAUCUGAGAGGAAAUGGUCAUCAGUCAUGGCUGAGUUACUUUGCUUAAUAUAUUCAGUUAAACACAUGUAAAACACUAAUUUCUCAAAAAUGUAGAAAAUAGGUGGUGUAACAGUAACCAUUUACUGAGCAGAAAAUAUGACAAUGAUGUUAGCCUCAUUGAAAUGUUCCAACUAUGAUGCAAAAACUAUACUUAAACAUGGCUUCAAGGACUCUGUGGAAAUGCAACGGAAAAUGUUAGACCUUGUUCGUGAUGUUGGAUGGUCAACUUUUCAUAACAUCACCCACUUUAAGGAUAUGCACAUCAUGCCAGAUGGUACAAUUGAGGUAGAAAAUGUCCGCCUGAUAGACCGAUUCAAUUCUAAAAAAUCAUCAAAUGGGACAUUGUAUUUAACAGCUACACACUUGAUAUUUGUGGACCCUCAGGGGAAACAGGAGACAUGGAUCCUCCAUAUGCAUGUAGCAUCAGUGGAAAAGCUAGCAUUGACCACUUCAGGUUCCCCUCUGCAAAUCAAGUGCAAGACAUUCCUCAAUGUAACAUUCAUCAUCCCCCGAGAGCGUGAUUGUCAUGACAUCUAUUGCUCACUCAUGAAACUAGCAAAACCAGCCAACUUUGAAGACCUGUAUGCCUUCCAGUAUACAGCAACUUCAGACAUUGAGAAGCAAUAUGGUUGGGACAUGUACUCCAUUGAGAAUGAAUUCUGCAGGAUGGGCUUACCAAAUGAUAACUGGAUUCUGACAAACAUCAAUAAAGAUUAUGAGAUUUGUGACACAUACUCAAGCAAGCUGUAUGUGCCCAAGUGUGCCAGCACCCCAGUCCUAGUGGGCAGUUCAAAGUUCAGGAGCAGAGGGCGUUUACCUGCCCUCUCAUACCUUUAUAGCAAUCAGGCUGCUAUCUGUAGAUGUUCUCAGCCUCUCUCUGGGUUCAGUGCUCGUUGUGUAGAGGAUGAGCAGAUGCUACAGUCAAUACUACGAGCCAACCCUAACUCCCCUUAUAUGUAUGUUGUGGAUACUAGACCAAAGAUCAAUGCUAUGGCAAACAAAGCUGCAGGGAAAGGAUAUGAGAAUGAGAGCAAUUAUACAAACAUUAAAUUCCAUUUUUUGGGCAUAGAGAAUAUUCAUGUCAUGAGGAGCAGCCUAACAAAGAUGCUAGAAGUGUGUGAGUUAAGAAACCCUAGUGAGACUGCAUUUCUGAAGGGUCUAGAAGACUGCAAAUGGUUAAACCACAUCCGCAAUGUGCUGUGUACAUCUGUAUUUAUUUCAAAGGCUGUUCAAGAUGGAGUUAGUGUUUUGGUGCAUUGCUCUGAUGGUUGGGACCGUACAGCUCAGACCUGUUCCAUUGCUGGUAUUCUGCUAGACCCAUACUAUAGGACUAUACAGGGUUUCCAGGCCCUCAUAGAAAAAGAAUGGCUGUCAUUUGGUCACAAGUUCAUAGACCGCUGUGGCUUCUUGGAACAUGUAGAAGUGAAGGAAACAUCCCCCAUCUUCACUCAAUUCAUUGACUGUGUAUGGCAGUUGAGCAGGCAGUUCCCAUGUGCUUUCCAGUUUAAUGAGAGGUUCUUACUGACCAUACAUGAUCAUGUAUAUUCCUGUCAGUAUGGAACCUUCAUUGGAAACUGUGAAAAGGAUAGAGUUGAUUUGAGGCUAUCAGAAAGGACAUAUUCUUUGUGGGGACAUUUAUCUAGCAAUAUGACAGACUACAUCAACCCAUUUUUUAAACAAGAAUAUGAACUGUCUCACCCUGUACUUCGACCAAACACUGCUGCAUGUUCUUUCCAGUUCUGGCGUGGUAUGUACAACAGGUUUGACAUAGGUGUACACCCAAGAGAGAACAUUGCAGAUAUCAUCAGUGCAAUGAAGGACCACACUGACUCCAUGGAGGAUCAUGUUGCCCUACUUGAAAAAAGAGUAAAAUCCAUGUGUAAACUCCUUGGAAAGUCUGAUGAAACAGUACAACGAAAAUUGCAAGGAAUGGUGGUUUCCUCAGAGUCAUUAUUUUCAAUCAGCGACCUCACUGACUUAGCACACAAAUUCACAUCUGGUAAUCACCUUGAAAACGAUGGUGAUCUUAGUCCUAAUGAGGGUGCAAUUAAUAAUGGCGUCAAACAUAGUGAUUCAGAGUCUGGAUUUGAAGAUGAAGGAUCAUUGAUGUCAAAAUCAGGAGUUGAUGAUAGUCCCACAGCGCCACCUAGGUCAUUAUCUAUGUUGGAGGAUAAUGAUAAUUUGGCAGUUGAUACUCUCCUUAUGGAGCUUCAUUCCAUCGCAGUUGACUGGAGACAGUUGAGAAAUGUCACACAAUGUAGCUGUGCAGCGCCAUUUGAACAUUUCACUAAAAAGUACCACUGCUGGAAGUGUGGUAAUGUGUUCUGCACACGCUGCAUCGAUCGUCACAUUCCAUUACCUGGCCAUUAUUCCCAGCGCCCUGUUCCUGUCUGUCGGCCAUGUUACAAAGAAAUCAAACACUCACCAUCCACACCUGAUUUCCGUGCAGUCAUAGCAGGCCUCCCUCUAUUAGCAGUGCCAUCUAUAGAGGCAACUCAAUAGCAGUCAUGUAGAACAAUCAUUUUAGCAGAACAGUGGAAAUAAGUGCAAUUUGCGGGAAUAAUCAUGAAAUCAUUUAUUUUGCAUCAAUAAUAACAAAACAUGAUUAAACUGACAUUAUUGAUUACUGUACUCCCACUAAUAUUUGACGCUAUUAUUUUUCGCUUUUUGGCAUUUUGAAAUUAAUCUUGUCAUACAGGAUCACUCUUUCGACUUUGAUAUCAGCCAUUAAUGUUCCUUCACCCAAUGAUUUUGGCUUCUCAUUAAGCCUUUUCGUUAGAAUGUUCAUUUUAAUACAGUAAUAACGAUCUCUCUUCUA